ACAACUAUCUCCCGAAAAUCCCUCUCAUUUUCUUCGUCGUUCUUUCUUCCUUUCUCUCUGAUUCUCUUCUGUAAACGGCGUAACGGGGUUUUUUCCUCUUAAAAAACCCCGUUAUUAGUUACUCUCACUAUCACGUGCGUUUUUCGAAUUAAAAAAAAGAGAGAGAAAAUUUAUCAACUCUCCCAUUCGAUUUUUAUGGCCUCGGAGCAGUUAAGCUUGGCUGCGACUACGGUGCGAGACGCCGUCACUAACGGCGUAGAACCCCGUCCGAUGUCAUCUGAUUGCGGCGAUGACGUUAGCAAGACUCCGAGGCUACCUCGAUGGACGAGGCAGGAGAUUCUCGUGCUGAUACAGGGGAAAAGAGUGGCCGAGAAUCGGGUCAGGCGCGGGCGCGCUGCCGGAUUGGCUUUCGGGACGGGUCAAGUGGAGCCGAAGUGGGCUUCGGUUUCAUCGUACUGCAAGCGGCACGGAGUGAACCGGGGGCCGGUCCAGUGUCGGAAGAGGUGGAGUAAUUUGGCGGGGGAUUAGAAGAUCAAGGAAUGGGAGAAUAACACAAGGGAAGAGAACGAGUCGUUUUGGGUGAUGAGGAACGAUUUGAGGAGGGAACGGAAGUUGCCGGGGUUCUUCGAUAAGGAAGUUUACGAUAUCCUCGACGGAGCCGCCACAGCCGCCGAAAUCCCUUCCUCGGUUAUGGCUCCGGAUUUAGCUUUAGCUUUGACUCCUACUUCCGCGGCGCAUGACGUGGCGGAGGAUCCCGAGACUGUUUUCGAUAGCGGAAGGAGCGCGGCAGCUGAGGACGGGCUGUUUUCGGAUUUCGAGCAGGAGGACGGUGGUCGGAGCCCAGAAAAGGUGGAGCCCGCGCUUGACACCGACACCGGAAAGGCCGUUCCAGCUCCUAUCCCUAUAUCAGAGCAGCAGUACCGGUUACCGCGACAACCAUCUAUUCCGGGGAACAACAGUCAAGGUACAACAAAGGAGAAUCCUACCUUGAAUCCCGAGUUCGGUUCAUCCUCUCAAGAAGUAAGGAAGAGGAAACGGAUGACGACUGAUGGAGACGAGGAAACAAGCAGCACACAGUACCACUUGAUCGACGUUUUGGAAAAGAAUGGUAAAAUGCUGGUUGCUCAACUCGAAGCUCAAAACAUCAACUUCCAACAGGAUAGGGAGCAAAGGAAAGACCACAGCGAUAACCUAGUCGCUGUUCUUAAUAAGCUCGCCGAUGCUCUAGGGAGGAUUGCGGAUAAGUUAUAAACGGGAGGUGAUCGGUAUACAUUUGUACAUAAACCGAUUACUACGAUGCCUGGUUCGAGUAGAUGGUAGCUCAGAAGUUGAAUUGAUGGAUCAAAUUUUCCCACAACAUACUCGCAUUUAGUUUCUGCCAAUGGUACCAUACACCAAUAAAUAAGGUUUAGAUUGUAGAUUUAUACAACAUUUCUACAUUGAGAUUAUAUGAUUUUUUACCUUCGGUUUUUUUACAUUUUGGACCAAAUUGCAUAUAAUAUUUUGUAUAGAGCAACAUAUAUUAUUAGUCAUUGCUUUGUUUCUCAAUUAAACGU